ACGUGGUCUACACGUGUUUGUUAUGCUACUGUGGAAAUACCCUAUCUACACGCAGUAUUGACGUUUUUUCCAUAGGUACUUUGUUACACGGUUGAUUUUACUGCUCAGAUCUAGUCAUGGUUGUGAAGAAGAAAGCACCCAAAGUGGAAGCUUUCGUAUUGGAUGAUGUUAAGCUGAAGAGCCUGACAGAUUCACUAUCUGUGGAAGGUGAUUGUAAGUCUACAGAGCUUGCUCAGCUACUGAAGGACAGUUUGUCUUCCUUUGACCCAGUCGAGCAGAUCCAGCUCAUCUCAAAGGCAGGCUGCAUGCUGGAGCAGCUGAAAGAGGAUGAGUCUCCUUCGAUUCCUUUAUUGGAGGCCUGUCUGCAUGCCCUAUCAUUCCUGUAUAUCAACCUACCAGCUAAGAAUCCAUUGAAAAGAGCUGUAUCAAGUGCAUUGGGUAGUGGUCCAGAUUGGCUACAGCAGCAAAUGGUUAGAUGUCUGUCUGAGGGUCUGUCUGCUGCUUUCUCCUCUGCAGGCACAGAUAAUUUCUCAAACCUAACGGAUAGCAUCACUUCCUGUCUGGGUGGCUUUGUAAUCGGUGAGAAAUGUGUCCAUCAGUUGUUAACAGAAGUUCUCCAGUUCUUUCAAAAGGCUUUGAAUUACUACGUGGAGCAGAACAGGAUUCUGGUCGGUUGUCACGUUGCUCAGGCUCAGCUGAUGCAGUACUCUCUUGCCGCGGUGAAGGCCUCAAUGCUAGUGGUUCAGCAAUCCCAAGAACCUAUUAGUACUGCAGUGCUUUCAGCUUCAAGUGACCAAUCCGAUCUCUAUCAAGCUCUCAGUGGACUGCUCAACUGCUAUACACGUGUUUUAACUGAUGAAGAGUUUGUUCAGGCAGUUCAGAGCACUGCUGGGAUGGCUGCUGUUUUACUUAUUAGAUCUUUAUUGGGCAAUGGAGACAAUGUCUACUUUAUUGUUGCAGGUCUCCUUCAGUGUUCAGUAGAUGCUGGCAGCACCCCUCAGUGGUUGAGGAAGAGCUGUGCAUGUCUGUAUGAGAGCAGCAGACCUGCAGCUGUUGCUCUGUAUCUUAGUCAUGGAGCUUUGGCAAUGCUAAGCUGGAGAGGGAAGACACUCAGUUCACAGGCAGUGAGUCUUCUGCUGCUCAUUCCUGAUGUGCUCUUAUCUUUACAUACAAGAGUCAAGGAGUCCAGUACAGUGAUGGUAGUGGCUCGAGUUUUGACUCUUUGGAGUGGAACUGCAGUUGACUGUGUCCAGGAAGACACGUGCCCUGCUCCCCUACACUUAAAUCUGAUUGGUGGCUCCCCUCUUAUCAUGCGCCUUCAUCACCACAUCUACACCCACUGGGAACAUCCGUUGGAUGGGGUUCGCCACCAAACACGCACCCUUUUCCAGAACCUUCUUACGAUUCACCAGCAUUGCAGUAAUCACAAGUCCGAUCCCACCAGUGACCCUUACGUCAUCCAGCUCACCCAGGACCUUCUAGCUUUAGAGUGGCAUAUGAAAGGGAAAUAUGGUACACUGGCCUGCCUAGUGGAACAUAUAGGUGCAGAAUAUUUACUCAAGCUUGAUGGUGGACUGCCGUCCAGAUUGCUGGGACUGAUGGGGGAUCAAACAUUGGCACCAUAUGCCAGUGAUCUUCUGGAGAAGCUACUUGUCAGCCAUAAGGCCCAGCUGUGUAUGCGGUUUAAAAAUGGGCAUGGAUGGAUGGACAGGUGGCAUGAGGUUUGGGUGACACCUCUUCUGCAGGUGCUGUGCACAGCCCAGUUGGAUCAAACCACUUAUAUACUUGACUACUUCCUCCCCAAACUUCUACGCUGUAACCCCAGCAGCCUUAGCCACAUGGUACAGACCCUGCAGGAGAUGCCAUCUUGCACGGAAAAGGUGACUGGUAAUAGGGGUGCAUUGGGGGCUCUGAUGACGUGUCUGCGUGCUGCUCGUUCUCAGGGUGUUCUUAAGCUUGUGGAUGAGAAGUUGUGGGGUUGCCUAGUGCCAAUCCCACUAAUGCAACAGGCUCUGGUGCACAAACAUGAUCAGGUGAGAAUGGAUGCCUUGGGGUUGUUGUGUGAGACACAUCGCAGCACAGAAACGGUGUCCAAAGAUGAAAUGGAUUUGAUUCGCCACUUCCUGCCAUUUAAUCUGAAUAGUCAGUCACCCGGAAUCAGACAGCAGACAGUCAGUCUGUUAAAGAAGCUCUUGUGUAGGGUGAAAGAUAGUGCUCAGCUGCUGCAAAAGAGACUAGACCAACAUGAGAAUGACACAGAUCAGGAGAUCCUCAGCAUAUACAAGGAGUUCCUGCAUUGGUUCUGUGAGACGCUGUUCCAAGUGUUUCACCCAGGAGCCUCAUUCUCCAGAUGUCUGAUGGCUUUGCACUUGCUGGGGAUAAUCGCUGAACAUUUCACUUUUAACACAGGUACGGGUGGGUUUGCGCUUGGAGAGUCUGUAAGUGCAUCUCAUGCCCAAGGUGUGCUGUUCUGUCUUGCAAGCAACUUUCCUGAAGUCAAACAGCUUGCGUGCAACCUCUUAAAGAAAUUGCCCCCAUCAGCAGUGCAACUCCAGGUGCCAGAAAAGCUUCAGUCUUUGCUACAGGUUGCUCUGGACCUCAGCAUCAGCAACAAACCAUUUGAUAGCAUCACAUCUGCCCAUCUUUUCAACCUACUUUUGCACCAGGAGGGUCUGCAGGAUGCAUUAUUCAGCUGUAUACAAAAGCAUCACGUUCCUUUCCAGCCACCAGCACUGAUCCAGUCGCAAGUGCCUGAAGCUUCCAUACUAGAACAGAAUGCGCUGACAGUGGUGCAGUGGCUGAUGAAGUGUUUGAAGGAUGAGAUUAUGAAGGCAGAGUUGUCUCUUUUGCAAGCUGCUGCUUCCUUUCCUUUAUAUGGAAGAGCACAUUGCAUCACUGCAAUCCUGCAACAGCAAAACACUGGAUCACUUGUACUGCUGACUCAAUGGAGGGCUGUUGUAUCAGAACUCAUAGCCCUGUGCUACAGAAUGUCUGAUGUUGUAUCACCUGUAGUUCAGAGCUCUUCCCCUGAGGGCCUCAUUCCCAUGGAUGCAGAACCUGAUUCCUCUGCUGGCCUACAGAACAUUCUGCAGGAGAUUCAACCUCGUGACUCAAACGAUUUUUUCACUAGUGCCAGAAAGCUGGAGCCUAGUGCAACCGGCCACAACAUCGAGCAACAAGAUCUAGAGAGCACUGUCCAUAAACCACCAAUCUGUAACCAAGGUGAUGGUAAUGGAGAGGCCUACCGAGUCACUUCUCAGAUGGUGCUGGUAUGUUGCUGGAGGACCAUGAAAGAGGUGUCUAUGUUAUUGGGUCAUCUGUGUCACAGCAUGCCCCUGUGCUGUCCUCUCACACACCCUGAUGGCAGCGGAGUCAUCACAGAGGACCAGGUGGAAGGUGUGGGAAUGUACUUUCGGAAGCAGCUGCUACAGUCUCGUCACAGGGGGGCAUUUGAACUCGCCUAUGUGGGCUUUGUUCGACUCACUGAGAUGCUCUGCAGGAGUGGGAGUGCUAAGCUUCAGCAACUACCAGCACACUGGAUGAAGGAGGUUCUUGAGGAAGUGAAAUCCAGUGACCCCUCCUCAAAACUGUGUGCAACUCGCAGAAGUGCAGGAAUACCCUUCUAUAUUCAGGCCUUGCUGUCCUCCGAACCCAAGUCUAGCUGUGGACUCCUAAAGAUGACCAUGAGAUCUCUGAUUGCAUUGGCCAUGCCUUCUAAUAAUGUAACUUCUGACAGUAGCAGUGUGCCACAGGUCCAUGCUCUGAACAUCCUGAGGGCUUUGUUUAGGGAUACACGUUUGGGGGAGAACAUUGUCACAUUUGUAUCAGAGGGCAUGCAAGCAGCUAUCCUGGGUUAUUCUUCUCCUGUGUGGGCUGUGAGGAACUCCUCGACUCUUCUGUUCAGCACUUUGAUUACACGGAUUUUUGGUGUGAAGAAAGAUAAAGAUGAGCACUCCAAAAAGAACAGGAUGACUGGCCGAGAAUUUUUCACUCGUUUUCCUGCCCUUUAUCCUUUCCUCCUCAGUCAGCUCCAGGAAGCUACAAUUUCUGUUAACAGUGAUUCAGGCCAAGUGAAACUGCACCCAAGUCUUUUCUUGUUGUUGGUUGUUUUGGGUCGUCUCUACCCAUCGCCAAUGGAUGGUUCAUCAUCUCCCCUGGGCUUAGCUCCUUUUAUCCCCCUAAUAAUCAGUUGUGGUCAUUCUGCAGUGUAUCGCACACGUGAAAUGUCAGCGAGAGCCCUGGUUCCAUUUGUUUUGGUGACCGAAGUUCCCUUCACCAUUCAAACUCUACUAGAGGAGCUGCCCCAAGAGCUUGGAUCAGCAAUACAACAGAACCACAUUCAUGGAACACUGCUUCAGGUGCUUUCUCUGUUACAUUCCUAUCUAAUGGAUACACACAGACCCCAGUCAGGAAGUGAGCUGCACUGUGACCUCUCCAGUACCCUUUUCCCAAGGCUGUGGCUUGCAACAAGGCAGAAUCCAUGUUUGGUAACUCGUAGUGCGUUUCUGGAUCUACUGGCCUGUCUUUGUGGUGGUCUUCCUGUUCCUUUGUCAGUGUCUCAGUUGAAGAAACUUCGCAAGGAAACUCUGCAUAUCCUUAUAUCCUCAGAACUCAUUGCUCCUCAGGACACCGAAGUCCUAAAACUCUCAGUUCCUGGAGCCACACAGUACCUCCAGAGUCUUGCUAAAAUAGCCAUCAACAUCUGUUUGGAGUCUCCUCACCUGUGGGAAUGUCCAGAGUUUCACAGAGAACUCCUAGAGCGAUUGCUGCAGUGCCCGCAAUAUGAGGUUCGACUGUUUGCCCUGGAACAGCUUUACAGGAGACAGAGGGCAGAAGAUACGUCUCAACAUCGGGAUUUGGGACUCUUGCCCUUUGACCUCAGUGUGUCGAGCCUCACCUCUUUGGCCCUGCAUGAGACACAUCCUGAUUGUCAAGCCAAGGUUAUGCAGGUUCUUGCUGUCCUCCCUCUUCCUUCCUUGCUACCCUGGAGAAAUGGGAUGAUGUCUUUAAGCUGCCAGGAGGUUGUAGACCAUCUGCUCACACUGCUGGAGACAUCUAAACACAGCAUGGAGCUGUACUGUGCUGUGCUUUCCCUAACAUCUCAUCUCGUGGUGCACCUGGCUGAAUCAAUACUGCAGGAGCACAGUGAGGCUGCAGUGCUGUACUUAAACAGAUGGGGGGCACUCGUCUUGCAGGGCUGUGGUGAGGAUCAGCCUACAGAAAUCAAACUCAUGUCAGCAGAGGUGUUGGUGAAGGCAGUCCCCGCUUUACUGAUGACGCCAACCUUGCCUCUUGGUAUCAUACACACCUUGGCGCUAUGGAAGGGCCUGUUUACGUUAUUACAGGAUGAAGAUGCGGAUGUCAGGGACAGGGCUGCUAACUUCACCUCCUACAUUCCAGCACAUUUGCACAGUACAGGUGUUGUAAUGGGUGCUGUCUCUCCUCCAGUUGCUCUGGAGAUGGGGGUUGGUUAUUUGUGCCAGCUGUUCCAAAUGUGGGGCCAGGUUGCUGCUGGUGUGGUGAAUUUGAUAGAGUGGCUCCUGGGUGACGAACAGUCAGAUUUAAGUUGUGAGGAUUCAACAAGUUUGGAUGAAGAGUUCCUCUUUGAGAAAGGCGAUCUUAACCUGUGGGCGGAGCCUUUGUUAUGGGCACAGAUGUUGCACAGACACCUCUCUACCCUCUUAAGAGUGACGUCAACUGGUAUAAGCACCACAGAACAGGACAGGCUAUCAGCUAUUGCAAACCAUAAUACCUUGGUGGCUCUGCGUUCAGUGGAAACCCUCCCUGCACUGCCCCAGUUUUCAGCCACCCUCAAAUACACCAAAAUAACAUUGCUGAAAGAGAGAUCAUCACUGGCGCAGAAACUUCUUACAACAUCUUAAAUGACUGUGUAAGAUACAGGUUAACGUAUUAAGUGAAUUAUGAAUUUAUUUUAACCUUACACUGAUUUUCCAAUUUAAGAGCAAAACUGCAUGCCGGCAUGACUACAACCUUUUUUUAUGUUUUUACUAAAAUAAAAUAUAUUGGAUUAAUUUGA